UUUGCUGCGGCUGCUCAGCGAGGGUGCGGGCCCCCGCAGGCGGUGCACGCCCGCUGCCAUGGCUUUCCGUAGGAGGACGAAAAGUUACCCGCUCUUCAGCCAGGAGUUCAUCAUCCACAACCAUGCAGACAUCGGCUUCUGCUUGGUGCUCUGCGUCCUCAUCGGGCUUAUGUUCGAGAAAAUCAGCAAACGCCUUCAUCUCUCCAAGGUCAAACACAGCAAGUUCAAUGAAUCUGGACAGCUGCUUGUCUUUCAUCUCAGCUCAGUGGUAUGGUGCCUCUACGUGAUCGUAACGGAAGGAUAUUUAACAAACCCAAGAAGCCUCUGGGAAGAUUACCCGCAUGUGUACCUCUCCUUCCAGGUGAAGUUUUUCUACUUGGGUCAGCUGGCGUACUGGUUGCACUCACUACCUGAACUCUACUUCCAGAAGGUACGGAAGGAAGAAAUCCCCCGCCAGCUACAGUACAUUUGUCUGUACCUGCUUCACAUCGCUGGGGCAUACCUCUUAAACCUGAGCCGCCUGGGGCUGAUCUUGCUACUGCUUCAGUACUCCACUGAGGCCCUCUUUCACAUGGCUCGGCUCUUCCACUUUGCAGACGAGAAUAACGAGAGGCUGUUUAACGCCUGGGCUGCUGUGUUUGGGGUCACCCGUCUCUUCAUCCUCACCCUCGCUGUGUUGACCAUUGGCUUUGGAUUGGCUCGGGUAGAAAACCAGGUGUUUGACCCUGAGAAAGGGAACUUUAACACCUUGCCUUGCAGGCUCGGCAUGCUGCUGCUGGUGUGUGUGGCCCAGGCCUGGCUCAUGUGGCGGUUCAUCCACUCCCAGCUGCGGCACUGGCGGGAGUAUUGGAAGGAACAGAGUGCCAAGCGUCGAGUCUCUGCUGUCCCCAAGCUUCCAGCCAGGCUCCUCAAGAGAGAACCUGGUUACCAUGAAAAUGGAGUGGUGAAGGCAGAGAACGGGACCUCCUCACGGACUAAGAAACUCAAGUCUCCUUAACACCAUUGUGCUGGGAACAGGGGUCCCCUGGGUGAGGGCCUGGAAGAGAUCACAAGCCCUGGCCCCCAGCUCAGCCUCUCCACCCUCCUGCCCGUGCUCCACCAGCAGAAGCCUUGGCAUCAAAGGGGGAGUUCCUCUCUACCUUCUAGUCUUUCUUUUUUCAUAAACCAUUCUCAAUAAAGCCAAAUAUCUUCUACUCUUGCUCCCUUGAGCCACCUCAUGGCCUCAUCUCUGUCCUAUCUUGGGUUUUCUCAGAGGCCUGCAUUUUCCUACUCGUCUUCCUGCCUCUCUCUCUCUCUCUCUCUCUCUCUCUCUCUCUCUCUCUCUCUCUCUCAUAGCUCUGUCUCUCUUUUUCUCUCUCCUUUCAUAGCUGCUUCUUUUCCUCCUUUCUUCCUGACUUUAAUGUGCAAUUUCUCUGAUUUGUACAACGGGAGGGAGCUAAGAUGCCAGUCCUGCCCUCCGGUCCCAGGAAUUGCCAAUGUAGAAGCCUCUCGCCAAGGAGCUUCCCCUAGAGCUGGUGGCAGAUCCUCGGUGGCCCUUGUGGACGGCAGGAGGAAAAGCCAUCCCUCUCGGAUUACAAUAUUCUUGGUGCUGACUGACAGACAAGAUGUAGGAUUCUGGUUCUACAUGUCCAACCCUGAAGCGUUUUGCUUUGGGGACAUAGUGACUUAAUCCAGAAAGACAGUGUUAAUUAACUAUUGAGUCCCAGGACUCCAAAGAGCUUCCAGUGUGGCAUUUAAAUUGGAAACCAGCCUGCCUUCGCUCUAUGGAGGGAUAAGGAAGAUGUGCCUUCUCACUUGUUCCACAAGAGCAAAGCACGUUGAACAGCUGCCUCUUCUAGAAAGGUGGCUUGACAAACAGAAGAGUCUAUCUGGACCGCUCUCCAGCGGUGCCAGCUGCUGUACUUUUGUUACCCCAUCCACCAGCAUCUGAAACCAAACCAAAUGGCAGUUACAAACCUGCCCAAGACAUGCUGUUCCCAAGUCCAGAGACAGUUUGCCCCUGCUGGGGUCAGACUUGCAACCUCAACUUCAUCUCUGCAGAAACAUGAAGCCCCAAGAACUCUAUCGCUGUGUGCUCCCCUGGCGUCCCAGGGAGAGUCACCUGGCUACCCUCCCUCCGGCCUCACUUGAGCAUUCUUUAAAGUUGUCAGUGUUGUCUGUUGAGAACACCUAGAGCCUGACACCAGGAUGCCUCAGGGUCACUCUUCUGGUUGCGUGAGCCAACACAGCCAUGUCCACAGGAGUCUGUGACCCACUUCCUUCUGGUGGUCUUUCCUCUUCUACCUGAAGACAGGGUCACCAGGUCCUUAUUGUACCUUGUGAGGACUUCCAGAAUGGAUGUAGGCUUUAAAGGGUCCUCAAAUUCUAUGCUGGAGUAUAGGGGAGCAGGUCUUGGUGAUGUUAAUGUUACCUGAUAUACUGGCCUUCCUUCGACGCCAUAUUCGAAACCAGAGUUUGAGUGUUUAUCCAUAAACAGGAAGAUGGGUCUUCAUUAAGACAGCUUCCCCGCUCCAAGCCACUACCGAUGUAUGUAAAAUCUAACUUACCAGGAAUUGAGGAAUUUGGUUCCAAACAUCGUGGCUUUUUUUUCCCCCUCCUCUGUAUCCAGGUUAAGCAUACAGAAUAGAGAUGAGAUAUCCUUGGCUUCUUUUGUGUGAGCUUGGGAAGCAAGACAGAAUUUUGAAAGUACAUUUCUCUAUUCUGUCUUCCUUCCCUGGCCCUUCUCUGGGCAUCCCCACAAGAAUUGAUCUGGCGAUUUUAAGCCAAUGCAGUCCACCUAUCCUGGUAGGGAUUUUAAUUGAGUUUAUGCUUUGAGAUGCUGCCUGGAGCUGUGUGGAAGCUUAGCCAGUUGUUCCCAAGCUCACCUCACCCCAUCAGUCUAAAUGUCCUCUUGGACCAUCCCCAAGUGAAGGGCCUUCCUCCCUAAGUCACUGGCAAGCCCUUGCCAGCUCACUGCAGGAGCUUUGUCCCUAAGCUCUUGAGUUACUCCUUCAGCAAAUACUUGUGACAAGAGACAAGUGAAGGCCUUGGAGAAACAGAUAUACAAAGAACAGCUGUCUUGGAUCCAGUGGUCCUGUCCCUGUGGGGAAGGGGUUUGAUAUUCUUUCCCGGUACACUUAGAUGCCUGAGGUGAUGUGGAUUCAUCCCUUAGGUGUCUUGCAAGCUUCCUUUGCUGCUUGUUUGUUGGAUAUAUUACCAAGAAUCCAAGUGUUGGGAUCGAUCUAGGCUCUUCUAGAACAUAAGGUCAGGGGUAGGAGUUUGGAGUGUUCAUUUCCAGAAAAGCCGGAAACCAAGGGUAACAGCUCUCCAGCCUUGACUUUCGAGGUGUUUACAGGCUUGGGAGAACUAUAGGGUGCUUUCUCAUUCACCCAUCCUCUCUGGCGUUGAUGUUAUAGGAAUGGCAAGACUUUGUGGACUUGGCACAAACCCUGUUGCCAGAAUUACAGCAACUAAGUUCCACACCAUCCUGCAAGCAUGCAGGCUAGCUUGUAAUUUGGGUGCCCUGGCCCCAUUCUUUGUUCUGAUGCAGGCUUUCUUGUCCCCAAAGUACCACACCCUUAGCGAAGGGCCUGCCAUACUCUGCCAAGUUGAAGAUGUUCAGCACCAGCUACCAGAACCAGAAGAUGCUAAUCACUACCUCAGCAGCCACUGCUGUCUCUAACAUCCCUGGAAUGCCAGCAGGCACCAGUGGCAGGAGUGGUGGCCCGAGAACCCCCAGUUGCUAGUCCCCCUCCCAGAGGUGUGGUGAUGGGAUGGUUACUUUUACAAGCUAUCCAGGCCUGGGUGCCUACGCUAUGAAUUAGCUCCGUGUGUUUCUCCUAUGUUCAGAGGUGGUCCCGGGGGGAAGAGAAGCAGACUAAAGCUUGGAAUGGAGGCUUUCUGCCAUUCUAGUCAGUGCUAGCUAGCUAGUCCUGUGUGCCUAAAUGGUUUCAGACAGCAUCAUCUGAUGUGUCCUAAGGGUGAGCUUAAGUCACUUACAUUUAGAUGACUAUGUUCUGGCUACUCACACCGUUCUUUUGUGGCAUGCCUGGGACUGUAAGAGCCCUUGAAGGUGGAGACCUUUUUAGACCCCUUUGACAUUUUUUCCCCUGGGGUAUUUUUUUUUUUCAGUUAGGAGCAGAAAGAGUACAUUUUCCAAAAAGUGUACAAUGCUCAUUUAGAUUCUAUGCAUCCUUAAACUUGCUGACUCCUUGCAGCCAGGGAAGGCCUUCGUUUGCAUUUAUUUGUCUUUAGUGGCUUUCAGUCUUCCUGGUUGGGUUUGCAGAAGUCUGGAGUGGGAGGAGGUGUAGGGUCUGGGCUUAGCUAACUUUCUCUGCUUGAGGGCCUCUAUGUCUCCAGGAGACAAAUUUUCAUUCUUGAUCUCUGGCCUCUGUUCUUCACUGGUGUGGAAUGGACUUAGAGCCUGUGAGUCAGAACAGUGAGCUGGUCCUCCGCCACCCUCGUCCCCCCCUGAGCUUACGGCUUCUUUGCUCAGAACAGGAUUUUAGGGAGAAUAUCAAUGUCAGACUUUUGAAAACAUCUAUAGAGUCCUUCUCCAACCCGUGGUUAGCAUUAAGAGGAUGCUGGUACCAGCUUCUCGCUUUUUACCUGGCUUUUAAUGCGAGUGUUAGCUCCAUUGCAUCCACUUUCGAAGCUCUGCAGAUGAGAAGGAAAGUUACACUGAGCAGCCUCUGCGAACCUUUCGUUCUUGGCCUCAGCAGGUCCUUGUCCUUUCAUCUAAAAAGUGCCUUAUAUUGCCUUGUGGCCUUCACUGGUACUGUAUGGCCGGGCCGCCAACUGCCAGUGUUGUAAGACUGACUGGCAUACACAGCCAAUGGCACCGUACCUCAGCACAGCUCCAGGGGAAAGGGACAUGGCUUGACAGUUUUGUCUCAUUUGUUCUGACCCUCUGCUCCAUCACACAUAGUGUAAGACCUUGCGUGUUCUCUGGGUUUGUUUGUUUGUUUGUUUGUUUUUUUUUUUUCCUAGUUUCCCCUUGUCUGUUGCCUUCUGGCUUGACUGGGUGACUGCAGGAGCUUGUGAGGUGCCCCAGCUGCAGGCACCCAUGCCUCCUAUCUAACAAGGGAAGCUUGGGGGUUGGGAAGAAGGUCACCUCUGCGUACCUCUGGCCCUAUGUGGCGAGCCCUGCUCUUCCGGUCUCCUCAUUCCCACCCCAGAUUAGAAACAUCCCCCUCUUCCCAUCUGUUUUACUUCCAUGUAGCCCAAAGUCUGUAUGAGGAAUGUGUUUACUUGUACUUGCUGGUUCCAAGUCUUAGCUCAUUGGUAACCUGUUUGGCAGUGCCUACGGUCUGGUAGCUGCAAAGCUCCUGGAUUCCUGUCAGGGUUAUCUUGUGUUCCUAGUACCGCACCAACCCCCUCCCUGACCCUUGCCUGCCUGCCUGCCUGUUCCCGCUAUUCCGGGUUGUGCAAUAACCCUCCCAGUCAGUGGUCUUUUCCACAGGCCUUUGUCCCUUACUGCAUCCUGCAAUAUCGGGAGAGGGGGGGCCCACUGGAGGGGUCGUCAUCAUCCCUUACAGAAGUGUCAGUCCCUUUUUGUUGCUGUCAUUCUCGCGGUCCUGGGUGGGUUUCUGUGGCAAUCUUAUAGAAUGUGUCAUGUCGUCUUAGAAAUCUUUACAUUGUUUUUAAAAAUAAAAUAAAAAAUGUGUUGAAGAGAAAAAAAAAUCCUCAGACUGGGACAUUUUCGGUGUCUGGGAAUAAGAUCGAUCUGGAGUCGCUGACAUCACUGUCACCACCAAAGGCAUUCCAGGGUUUCUUGUUCCUGUGCAAAGGAUGGGCCGUGUUUCCAAGAAUCAGCCACAGUGGUGAGCCCUGUUCCGGCUUUACUGCCCUCCCCCAACAGAGCCUGGCUGUGGUGGUGAGUGCCAACAUUCUUUGGGGUACAGAUUCAUAUGUGAUCAAACCUUACUUUUCAGUUACUCUGUUUAACAAGCACCCUAAGGAUGAACCAAGGAGCUGGCGCCCUGCACAACUCACAGUGCAAACGUUGUGUUAGCUGUUUUUCUACAUUAGCCUGUUCAUGUUAUGGACCAAAUUCAACAAGGAACUCAAGGAAAAUGUGUACCUGCCAUAUUUAUGCUUUCUUAUUAAAGGGUUGGGGGGAGGGGCAUCUUUUUACUUUUGGUGAAGUUCCCCCCCUCCCCCCCAUCCUUCUUCCACUGUUUCUGUCUGGUUUUAGAAACAAGCUACAGUUUUGUAUGGAGUUUUUAAAUGUACAUUUUGAAACAAAUGAUCAAAUAUUUUCUGAA